AUGACACCAGGAGGCCCCACUCUGGGCCUACUGCAACUAGGAGUCCCUUUUCUGGACCUACAGCAACCAGGAAACCCCAUUCUGGGCCUACUACAACUAAGAGUCCCUAUUCUGGGCCUACAGCAACCAGUAGUCCCUGCUUUGGGCUUACCACAACCAGAAGACCCUGCUCUGGGUCUAGUGCAACCAGGAAUCCCUGCUCUGGGCCUACAGCAACCGGAAGUCCCCAUUCUGGGCCUACAGCAACUAGGUGUCCCUGCUCUGGGUCUACUGCAACUAAGAGUCCCCGUUCUAGGCCUACUGCAACCAAGAGUCCCUGGCUCCAUUGGCAGAACAGGUCGCCGCCACCGGCUUACCAAGGGUCUUGCAUCUACCACCUUCCCCCAAGAUAUCCCGUUGCCUGCACCACCGCCUUGGAAAGUUCACUGCCCCUGGCUGUCCCGAACGCUGGAAGGGCGUCGCCACAGCCUCCAGUUGUUGUAUCUGCUGCUGCCCCCAAUCACCAGGAGGAGCCAUCAUUCCACGUACAACCCGGUUUAUUCCACUCCGAUUUCCCAUCUGCCACAAACGGCUCCAAAGCAACAAGAAACAAAAGAAAAAACUUCAGCAGAACUUCAGUCUCUUCACCAACACUUCAGUAUAUUGCUUGUCAACACCACUUCAGAUGCACUGAGGAAGUUCUACUGCUGCCUCGUUCUAGCUCUUGACAAUUUUGCCGCAGGUGGAGUCACUCGUAUGACAGUGUCCCUGGUUGUGAUCAUGUUUGAGCUAACCGGUGGAUUGGAGUACAUUGUACCGUUAAUGGCUGCAGCAGUGACCAGCAAGUGGGUGGCAGAUGCCUUUGGGAAAGUGGGUAUCUACGAAGCACACAUCCACUUGAAUGGCUACCCUUUCUUGGAUUCAAAGGAUGAGUUCAGGCACCGGACCCUGGCCACUGACGUGAUGAGGCCCAGGCGGACUGAGCCCCCGCUCUCAGUGCUGACCCAAGGCAGCAUGACCGUGGAGGAUGUGGAGACCCUUAUUAAAGACACGGAUUACAAUGGCUUCCCUGUGGUCGUCACCAAGGAAUCGGAGCGGCUCAUUGGCUUCGUCCAAAGAAGGGAUCUCAUUCCUGCAAUCAAAAAUGCAAGAAAGGUACAAGAUGGAGUGGUCAGCAAUUCCAUUGUGUAUUUCACUGAAGAUCCACCACCGUUACUUGGCAACAGCCCAUGCCCGCUCAAACUGCGGAGGAUUCUCAACCUGAGCCCCUUCACGGUAACGGACCACACGCCCAUGGAGACGGUGGUGGACAUAUUCCGCAAACUCGGCCUCCGACAGUGCCUGGUCACUCGCAGCGGACGUCUCCUGGGCAUCUUAACUAAAAAAGACGUGCUAAGACACAUGGCCCAAAUGGCCAAUCAGGACCCGGAAUCCAUCAUGUUUAAUUGACCACUCGUGUGCCCACUGUGCUGCCUUGCCCAGUUCAGUUUUCGAAGCUAAAUGGCAGAACAAAUCCUCAGGACAUGGUGGCUUCUCAGUGAAAGGAAUUUUGAUCACAGGAUCCGCCAGAACUCCUCGCAAACACAGACUCGUUCGGAAGAGGACUGGACUAAGAGGUGAAGACUGCCUCAUGGCGAGUUCACUGAGGUCUUUCAGAUGACCGGAGAAUGAGGAGCCAAAACUGCAGCUGUGUUGUCAAGUCUCAUGUUAUGGUUGAUGCUGUAUCUGAUGUUAAUGGCCAGCUUUGUCCCAGAACUACGCCCACUAGGGGUAAAACAGUAGAGGUUAAUCAAUGUAAUAGCAUGUCGAUAUUGGUCAGUGGUGUAGCAAACACUAGGUAAGAGCUACCAUACGAGGCAAAAAAAGGGAAUAGUCCUUAAAUCUGUUUGGAUUGAUGCUUCAUAUAGGAAAUGUCAGUAUUAAAAAUACUCGCACAAUUUCCUCACUUAUCCAUCGAGUUUGGAAGAAGUGUGAUGAGUGACAAUAAAUUGUGUUCACGUGUUAUGUAGAAUUCUACAGCCCAAUUGGACUGUGCUAAUGUUUAUAAUCCACUUGAGCCUCUGCCUAUCCAAUUUCUUUUCAAACUAUGAGUAUCUCCUUCUUUUCACUUCCUCUCAUGCAUUUACCUUCCCCUUAAAUACAUUGGUGUGAACACUUUCUGCCCUAGCCUAAGCAACAACAGUUUAACUCAAUCAAACCAUGGUAUCCCUAUAGUGAAUCUGCAGUGUCCCCCUACUUCAAGGUCAGUAUAACUUUCUUGUGAUGGGCAGUGGGAGGAGGGCUAUGAGGUGCUCUGACCUGGGAACAGUAUUCUAAAGGGGAGCUAACCAGAGCUGUGUAGCUUCCACCCCUUAGUAUCUCAGUCCUCAUGAGCUAUCAAGUUAUGUUUAGAAACACUAGACAGUUUUGGAAGGGAGGAGCUGCACUAUGCCAAUAGAAUUCCUUCCUGUGCCAAGUUUUAUAAUCCACUGCUGUCGACUCAGAACUCUAUAUGACUAGUGUGCACCUUGAGGAUUUGAUCUGUUGUGGGGCCCCACAUUCAAAAGGAAAAUUUUGCAGAAACACUGUUCCCAUCAUGUAAAGCUCUCCUAUAGUUGCUUUCAAAGGUAAAAUGAAGGCUUUGGAAUUAACACUGGAUGUGUUCAUAAUUUAGUUGCCAUAUGGGGAAAAUUGCUCAUAUGGAGAUUUCUUGCUUUCAUGACUGUUGCGUUGUGCAACUUGCUUUUUUCAUUUGGAUACCAUCAAACCUGACUAACAAUUAUCCGUGGUUAAACCAAUGUGUCCUAUGAGUUUCACACUGAAGAUACAUGGUAUUGAGGAAAUUGAAGCCUCGGCAUUGAACAAUGUCACAAUGACUGCUCACCUGACUUUUCCUACUGUCUUCUGUCUGACUUCCCAGCUGCAAUUCUCAUCCCAACAAGUUUAAUCACUUCCAGCAGAGCUCCUGAUGCCUUCCUCAUUGCUGCGACAUGUCUGCAACCCUACCACCCUUCGAGAUCCCUCCAACUCUAUGUUUUUGCACUCCACUCCUCCAGCAAUGGCCCAUGCCUUUGGCUGCUCACACCCCAGCUUCUGGAGCUUCCUCGUUUAACCACUGCUCCUCUCUACUUUUCCUGUCCUGUUAAGCCACCCCGUAAACCUACCUCUUUGACAACACUUCUGGUCAUUGAUCCUGAUGUUGCCUUAGUCAGCUUGAUCUUUUUUUUAGUCUGGUAGUGCUCCAACUGCACUAAGCGUGCUAUAUUAGUGCAAGCUGUUGUUGGGAUAGAUUGCAAUCAACAAUGGAACUUGCCAAUUUCAAGUGUAAUUGUAAUGUAAUUGACAGUUGGUUUGUGAAGCUGGAAAGCACUGAGUCUUUGAUGCGGUAUUUGGAAGCCCUCUGUACACAGGAGGAUUCCCAUUUCGUAUUAAAAUGGGAGCUAUGGACUUUAACCAAUGGUUAAGCAGAACAGUUUCUUUUUAAAACCUUUAAGCACUGUAUCAAAUAAGAAUUAUUCUUAGUAUGUCAUCUGCAUUUGUUUCAGGGGAAAGCUGUAAAAUGACACAAUUGUUUGCAUGUUGAAAUGUAUUAAAUCAGUAACGUUA